AUGGCAGGUUUUUUCAAUCGAAUUGACCAGGAAUUCGGAACCACGGUAAAAGAAGAUUUCAAACAGUACGCAGAUAUCAACAGAAAACUGAGCAACAUGGAAACGCGGAAAGAGUUUUUGCUCAAAUGCCGUCGUGCAGGUCUGUCUCCGCCACACAUUCAAAACUCCUUCAAGUGCAUCUCGGAACUGCUAGUAGAACAGAGCCCCCAUUUGAGAAAGCUGGAAAGAGACAUUGCGAGGUUCAAGAAGUCCGUUCUGAACACAGAAGUGAAACACACGUUCUUCAAACUCAGGACGUAUCAGCAGCAAUUCAACGGUCUUCGCAGCAAAAUCCAAGAAGUGGUGCCUGAAGGAGUCUCCCGAGAGUUUCUGGGCAAGCAACAGGUGUAUAGCGACCGAAACAAAGCGAAAACCGAGUGGAAGAUCGAACAAAAGUUUCAAAUGUUGCUCAACACACCUCAUCAGAGCUUCACUACAACAGAGCCGACGCUGAACAACAAAGCCAUUCUAAACGCGACGGCCGUUGCGCUGCCGGGGGAAGUGGAACAUCUUCUGAGCCUUGGCUCUAAGUUCGCAUUACCGCACAAAAACCUGUCCGAAGUUCCGAUAUAUCAUCUCAUUGCCGAUGUGGAGUCCGUCAUCAGGACCAAUGACGAUACGGCGGUUCAAGAACGAACGCGAUGCUCAGUGGCAAACCAGAUACAAAACUACCUACAUAAGGCUCAACACGGUGGCACCAAUGACCCUGUAACGAAUUUCUACAGGAAUGCAGAGCAGCACACCAGGGAGUUCUUCAAGACCCAUCCAGAGAUAAUUGUCGUAAACUCAGACAAAGGUAACCGAACUGUGGUAAUGGAACGGGAGCAAUACACGACCAUGAUGAAGACCCUAUUAGAGGACGAUCGAACAUACCUAAGGUUAGCGAAAGACCCCACAAGCACUUUUCAAAACAAAAACAACACCAUUGUAAAACGACUCCAAGAUCUACACUUAGAACCAAAUCUUGCCUCGAAACUGAAGACCUACAGAGCGGUUUGCCCAAAGAUCUACGGACAACCGAAGGCACACAAACCAGGUUUACCAUUACGACCUGUCGUGCCCUGUAUGACAGCACCAUCAUACGAACUGUCCAAAUAUGUGGGCAAAAUCCUGCAAAAUUCGCUGGUCAGUAAAUACAGCAUCAAGGAUUCGUUUGGGUUCUGUGAAUAUGUUAACUCUAUCGAGCUUCCGGAGGGACAUAUUCUGGUAUCGUUUGACGUGGUGGCACUGUUUACCUCUAUCCCAAAAAGUCUUGUCAAGAGGAGCAUUUUCCGGCACUGGGACGACAUUGGGAAAAACACAGCGAUUUGCUUGGACCUGUUUUGGGAAGUUACGGAGUUUUGCAUCGAUUGCAGCUACUUUGUUUUCGAGGAGCUUACUACCGACAGACACUACGUGAUGGAUGACCUCCUGGACGAUGCGGUAGCAUCAAGUGUCAUCGCGAUCCCGUUCCUUAGGAAAUAUGUCGACGACCUAUUCCUAGUCCUUCCCACUGACAAAGUAGCAGAAGUCCAAAAUGUUUUCAACCAGCAGGAUCAACACAUCCAGUUCACGGUUGAGAAGGAGGAAAACAACCGCCUCCCAUUUCUGGAUAUGGUACUCGUUAGAAGAGAGGAUCGCACGAUCAGGACGGAAUAG